AAAGUUAAGGGAGACUAGAAAUGGCACAACAUGUUACUAACGAAGACCAAAUGCAGCAGCUAAGUGGUGAACAUGGAAUUACUCAAGGUGGUGCUAUGGGUGUUGCCCCUACCGCCGGUACUCAUGAUGAUACUAUGAAGAAAGAGCAUGAGGGACAACUACACCUUCAUCGUUCUGGUAGCUCUAGUUCUAGCUCUUCGGAGGAUGAUGGUGAAGGUGGUCGGAGGAAGAAGAAGGGUAUAACUGAGAAGAUUAAGGAGACAUUGACCGGAGCCGGAGGCACUACUCAUGACGAUAAGAAGGAAAUAGGCCAUGAUCAACAUCAGACUUCACAAACAACUACUACUGCAUCAGUUGAAAAUGAAAGAGACGAUAAGAAAGGAAUGAUGGACAAAAUCAAGGACAAGAUCCCUGGCAUGCAUUGAAACUAUUAACAAGUCUACCUUUUUUUUUUACCCUUAUGGAGUGAACGUCAUAUGUUGUUGAGUGAUAUUAUAUAUAGUCAUAAAGCAUGGUUUUCCCACUUCUUUCGCCCAUGCCCCGCGCGCUUCCAUAUGAAGCAAACAUGAUCGAUAUUCAUGCGCCUACGCAUGGAUGGCAUUCAUGUCGCCCAUGCCUCUAUAUGUUUAUGUAUGAUUGUGUGUGUAUAAUGUUGUCUUCAAAAUAAAUAUUUCGUUUUUAUAUUUA